AUGGGGUUUAUCGCUGCUGGGUAUCGUACAAAGGAUUUCCAGAGUGUUUAUAGUGACCGAGAGGACUGGGCCAUCUGCAGAAGAGCGAAAGUACGAAGGUCAUCGAAUUUACUUUCAAGGUCUUCUCGAAGGAAAAAAUGUAAGGUACAAGACAAACCAUUGACUAUACGGGAUUUGCCCAGUGAAUUGAUCCAGAAAAUCUUUGUGUUUAGUGGUAAUCAUGAACUUUACGAGGUGAAUAAGUUCUUUUAUACAUGUUUGAAACCAACGAGUUUCCUCUUGCAUAGGUUCAUCUUGGAAAAUUUCUACCAUGAUUUGAACCGUGAUCUAACAAGCUCGAAAGGUAACGAGAAUGGUCCCGUACCUGCGUUCCAUGGGUUGAAUGGGAAGGUAUUCGAAAACUCGGUGUAUGUUUCGUUUUUAAACGAUAAUCCUCAUUUGAUUCAAGAGAUUGGCCAUAUCGGACAUCAUGAAGAGUUAACUGCACUGCAAGAGGAAAGAUUGGCUCUGUUUCAAGAGGGAGAUCUAACAGGACUCGAUGCUAGGCAUAAGGAAUUGCAGAAACAGGAUUAUCCAUCAAUAUUUUACUCGGAGGUAGAAUUUUUUUUCCAAAACGAUAUUCAACUAAAGAAACCAGUUUACAACCAGUUGAUACUUGAACUAUCCGUCCACUACGAGGUGAAGCAGCCUUAUUUCCUCAUAGAAACCUUAAUGCAUUGGUUUUUCCAUACUAACCAAGGUCAAUAUAACAUCAACCAUUUAUUCCAUGCCAUUAUCUUGGUAACUCACAUCUCAUCGGUGUUACCUUCUAAAUCCUUGGAUAAUAAUGGACCCUUAAUCGAACUAAUCAACAACAUAUAUUUGACUCCUGCUGGUCAGCAGUUACAUGAGUUGCUAUUAGUAGACGAUUAUACUGACGAAGAGGCGUUUAGUAGAAGGAGAAUACGUGUCCUGAACAAAUUCAUCAAUAAAUUCUACAAGUUGGAAGAAACAAGACCAUUGUUAUUGUCUCAGGACGUCUUAUGGGAAACCUUGGUCGACGUUAAGGACAAACAUGUUAUGAAACUUAUUAUGGAAUAUGGAGGACAGCCUAGCAUCAACGUAAUUCAAUAA